AUGGAAGAUAUUAAGAUUAAAGAAGAAAUGAAGAUGCCAAAGGAUCUCACAGAAUUGAUUAUCAAGUUAGGAAACAAAAUGAAUGUACAUUUUAAUACAAUUGGGACAGCGUUAAUAAAUUGCCACCUUUUCUAUUUAAGAAGAUACAUCUCAAAAACAUCAGAUACAAAGAUUUACAAACGUUUGAUGAAACAUAAGUCGAAUAUUAUCAUUUCCUCGGCAAGCUUAUUGUUGGCGUGUAAAAGCACAUUUGUAUUAAGGACUGUUCGUGAAAUUGUUAUCGCGGCAUGGGCAAUACAAAAGCCUGAAGUAAAACCAUUGAAUCAAGAAGAUCUAAAAUGUAAACAAUUAAUGAGGGAGGUGAUUAAUGCUGAAUCUGAUUUAGUUGGAUUGUUAGGAAUUGAUUUUUCAGUCAAAUUGCCAGAAAUAGUUUUACAAUACAAAUCAAAUGAAAUCGCUUUAGCAGCGGUUUAUAUAAUUAUUAGUAGGCUUUCUUUACGAUGCACAGAGAAUUUUACUGAUUUAUGUAAAAAGUUUGGAAAAGCAAAUCCUGUUUCGGUGAUGAAACUAUUCGAAAAGUUAUCAUAG